CACUGUAACCUUGAACUCUUGGCCUCAAGUGAUCCUCCCAACUUGGCUUCCCAAAGUGCUACGAUUACAGGCGUGAGGCAUCGUGUCCGGCCUCAACAACGUUUUUUGAAGUGUCUAUUCUGUACCAGGUGCCUAAAUGUGCUUAAAUUAACAAGGGAGUAAACGCCAACAAAAUCCCAUAUUUACAGGUGUAUCACUGACCCCCAAACCCUAUUUAAGGCGGGAACCUGGCAACAUAACCUGGAAGUGAGCUGGCCACUCAGUAAAUGCUCCGAUCUGCAGGGUCCUCGAGCCAGAGGCACUUUGAGGAUACCCUGAUGCAGCCGCCUCCCUUUCUGGAGUGAACGGAAAGCAACGCGACCUGCCUUUCAUCACGCAGCCGGCCUGGCAGUACCCGGCUCCAACAGGGCUGCGGAUUGCAUUUACAUUCACACCUGCAUACACUUCCGACCCCUCUCCAUCCAAACUCAAAACUCUCCGUAGAACCAAAACGGGCUCCCAGAGAGCCUUGCUGGGAAGACCGAGGGUCCUGCGGAAAGGAUUCUGCAGACUGAAGGCUAGGCGCCUCGCCACUCUAGGACUACAAUUCCCGAGAGGCCUUGCGACGGACGCCAUCUUUGUUCCCCACCAGGCUAAGCGAUUUUCCAGAGGGGGAGUAAGACCCCUUGCGUCAUCGGCGCGCGCAGCUGCCGUCGCGGAGAGAUGAUGUUUAGGUCUGGGACUGUCAGGCAGUGAGCGGCCAGGUACCCGCAGAGGGGCCCGCGGGGCCGGCGCCGCCAUGGCGGCCGUGUUUGAUUUGGAUUUGGAGACGGAGGAAGGCAGCGAGGGCGAGGGCGAGCCAGAGCUCAGCCCCGCGGACGUGUGUCCCCUUGCCGAGUUGAGGGCAGCUGGCCUAGAGCCUGUGGGACACUACGAAGAGGUGGAGCUGACUGAGACCAACGUGAACCUUGGCCCAGAGCGCAUCGGGCCCCACUGCUUUGAGCUGCUUCGUGUGCUGGGCAAGGGGGGCUAUGGCAAGGUGUUCCAGGUGCGAAAGGUGCAAGGCACCAACUUGGGCAAAAUAUAUGCCAUGAAAGUCCUAAGGAAGGCCAAAAUUGUGCGCAACGCCAAGGACACAGCACACACACAGGCUGAGCGGAACAUUCUAGAGUCAGUGAAGCACCCCUUUAUUGUGGAACUGGCCUAUGCCUUCCAGACUGGUGGCAAACUCUACCUCAUCCUUGAGUGUCUCAGUGGUGGCGAGCUCUUCACGCAUCUGGAGCGAGAGGGCAUCUUCCUGGAAGAUACGGCUUGCUUCUACCUGGCGGAGAUCACGCUGGCCCUGGGCCAUCUCCACUCGCAGGGCAUCAUCUACCGGGACCUCAAGCCCGAGAACAUCAUGCUCAGCAGCCAGGGCCACAUCAAACUGACCGACUUUGGACUCUGCAAGGAGUCGAUCCAUGAGGGUGCCGUCACUCACACCUUCUGCGGCACCAUUGAGUACAUGGCCCCUGAGAUUCUGGUGCGCAGUGGCCACAACCGGGCUGUGGACUGGUGGAGCCUGGGGGCCCUGAUGUACGACAUGCUCACUGGAUCGCCGCCCUUCACUGCAGAGAACCGGAAGAAAACCAUGGAUAAGAUCAUCAAGGGCAAGCUGGCGCUGCCCCCCUACCUCACCCCAGAUGCCCGGGACCUUGUCAAAAAGUUUCUGAAACGGAAUCCCAGCCAGCGGAUUGGGGGUGGCCCAGGGGAUGCUGCUGAUGUGCAGAGACAUCCCUUUUUCCGGCACAUGAAUUGGGACGACCUUCUGGCCUGGCGUGUGGACCCCCCUUUCAGGCCCUGUCUGCAGUCAGAGGAGGACGUGAGCCAGUUUGAUACCCGCUUCACACGGCAGACGCCGGUGGACAGUCCCGAUGACACGGCCCUCAGCGAGAGUGCCAACCAGGCCUUCCUAGGCUUCACGUACGUGGCGCCGUCUGUCCUGGACAGCAUCAAGGAGGGCUUCUCCUUCCAGCCCAAGCUGCGCUCACCCAGGCGCCUCAACAGUAGCCCCCGGGCCCCCAUCAGGCCGCACGGGGACCUGCUCUGGGCUGGAUACCUCUCCACAUCGCUGCUCGCCUUCCCCGGGGUCAGCCUGCAGGCCACCAUCCGCGACGUUGUCAUAGUCUGCAUCCUGCUCAUCCUCCUGUCGCUCAAGGUCAUUGUCUGGGGACCCCAGCUCAGCUCGGGCCUGCAGCCAGCGACCUGGGGGGCUGGCCCAGAGCAGGCGCCGUGUGCGGCCCCACAGCGCGGCACCCAGGCGGGCCGGGUGGUAGUAGCCCCCUGAGUCACGGCUGAGGCGGCGCCAGGCCAGUGCCAGGCCAGUGGCCAGCAGUAGGAGCAGCAGCAGCAGCAGGACAACGGUGACAGAGCUGGAGCCCACGCUGUCCUCCGCACUGCCACCCGAGCCCAAGGCCCCUGGCAGGGCCAGCAGCAUACCGAGCCCUAGGGUGCACGGCAGAGCCUGUGGGAGACAGGGCGUAGAGGGCUCAGCACCUGGGGUGGGGCCUGGUGUGGGGCAGGCUGGGUGACCAAGACCACUUUCCUUUUUUUCUCUUCGGGAUCCUCUUGGGACAGCCAAGCAGAAAAGGCCAAGGCCUUAUUUGGUCAACCAGGCUCUGGCCCUGUGAGAUCAGCCCCCAUCCCUCCAACCUCCUCCCUACCACUCACCUCCCCCAACGGCUGCAUUAAGCCACCCGCCUGGGGCCUUCUUCGCACUGGCUGUUCCCUCUGCCCGGAAAGCUCCACCUCCUCCCAUCCUCCCCUCCCCCUGGCUGCAUGGCCUGCUCACCAUGCUCAAACGUCACCCCAGUGAAGCUGAACCUGACCUUAACCUCUACCCUGAUGUCUAUCACUGCAGCCCACCCCAGCACCCCCCAGCACUCGACGCCUUUUUCCUUCCAUGUCACCUAACGCAGGAGAUAAUUGUACUCGUUUUUUA